CAAAUCUUCCUUAGAAUAUGAAGUCAGUUCAUUUGAAUCAGAAAUCAUUUGAAUAAUUUGAGACUUUUUAAUACUUAAAACUAAAAAUUAUAAGAAAAAUAAAUAAAUAAAAAAAAACAAAUGCCAUCUGUAACUUGUAUAGCUCCAGUAAAUAUUGCUGUAAUAAAGUACUGGGGCAAGAGAGAUGAAAAAUUGAUUCUUCCACUAAAUGAUUCAAUAAGUACAACUUUGUCUACCGAGCAGUUGUGUGCUAAAACUACUAUAACUCUAAGCAAAAGUAUAAGGCAAAAUAGAUUAUUUUUGAAUGGAAAAGAGGAACGUUUCGAGAAUCCACGUUUAAUUGUAUGUUUAAAUGAAAUUAAAAAUCGAGCUAGACUUGGUGGAACAGUUUCUGCCGAAAUUCUGGAAUGGAACUUGGAAAUUGUUUCAGAAAAUAAUUUUCCAACUGCCGCGGGACUAGCUUCCAGUGCAGCUGGUUAUGCUUGUUUAGUAACAGCAUUAGCUGCUCUCUACAAAAUAGAAAAUCAAGAUAUUUCAAGUAUAGCUAGAAUGGGCUCUGGUUCAGCAUGUCGGAGUAUUUAUGGUGGCUUUGUGCAAUGGAAAAUGGGUGUUGAACCUUCGGGCCAAGAUUCGAUAGCCAUUCAAGUAGCACCAGAGUUUCAUUGGCCAGAACUACGAAUUCUAAUACUUGUUGUGAAUGAUAAAAAAAAAGGUACAAGCUCUACUAUUGGCAUGACAAGAAGUGUUAAUACCUCAGAACUUUUGAAGUAUCGUGCUGCCACUUGCGUUCCGAGGAGAAUCAAUCAAAUGAAAGCUGCAAUAGAGAAUAAAGAUUUUUCGAUGUUUGCAAAGAUUACAAUGCAAGACAGCAAUCAGUUUCAUGCUGUUUGCCUUGAUACGUACCCUCCCUGUAUUUACAUGAAUGAAGUAUCGCUAAAAAUUAUUGAUUUUAUUCACAACUUUAAUGAUUAUAAAAAAGAAAUAUGUGCUGCAUAUACAUUUGAUGCAGGCCCGAACGCAUGUCUUUAUGUUGAAGAGAAGCAUUUAGCAGAAUUAAGUGCCUUUAUCGAUCACGUAUUUCCACAUGAAAAUUUUAAUAGUAAGAAUUACAAACGCGGAAUUGAAGUAAAAGAAAAACAUGAUUUAAAGCAUGAUGAAAAAGAAUUGUUCAUUCAGCAAGAUCAAAAUUUGUUGAAAUUCAUCAUACAUACAAGAGUCGGCGUUGGACCCACAGUUGAAGUGUUGCCUUAACAUUAUUCAUAGGCAAAUAAAAAUGUUAUUGGUGAAGGAAUAGUUUUUAUUAGUGAAAAAUAACGUUUUUUGGUAUUUGAAAAAUAAAACACUGAAAAUAGGUGAACUGUUAUUUAUUUUUUACGACAUUUUGAAUUUCAAAACUCCAUCAACCGAACUAGUUUCUUGAUCAUUUCUUCUAUCUUAGACCGA